AAGCAGGGUUUUGGGCCCGAUGGCUCUGGGGCCGCUUUGAUUGCCUCGAGCCAUGCAGCCCACGGUGCGACCAGGCGCCGUUCCCAAGUAUGCGCCGGUGAAUUAUCAGGUCCCCAGGCCGGCGGGGAUCCCCGUCACCGUGCCCAAUGGCCCACACGGAGUGGCGCCGACCGCAUACCAGGCCUCGCAGACUCCGCGACCAAUGAUGGUCAAGAACCCGAAUGGCAGCAUCACCCACUAUGCCAUGCCUUUUCAGGCACAAGUGGCGCAUGCGAAGCCAGUCACGGCGCCUGCGGGCCCUGCGGGCCCUGCGGGCCCUGCAGCACCUGUCCAGGCUCCUAUGAUGAAGAUGCCCGACGGGAGCCUCCGACCUUAUGCUCCACCAGUGCAACGUGCCACCGCAUCUGCUGCAGCUCUCUUCAAUGAAUUGGAUCAAAACAAGGAUGGCGUGAUCUCCAGGGAAGAGUUCAUGCGCAUGCAGGCGAAGCAAAUGCCUGCUCCAGUUCCAGCUCCAGUACCAAAGUCUUCAGAAGGCUAUACCCAGCCUGCGCAGCCUGCAACUGCACAAGCUGUGACACAGGCCGUGUCAAAGCCCGCCCCUGUGCUGCCGAAAGUGGCUCCGGCUCCAGAGAGCAUCCCGCCUGUGGCCACAGCGGCUGUGGCGGCUCCAAUUGAGAAGAAGCAGGAGGAGCUUUCCGAAGCUGCAGAUGCGGCGGAAGCGAAGAAAUGUGGGACCCUUUGGGAUGCAGCGAAAGCGGGCAACAUCGCGGCAGUGCGGCACUUCCGGAAGAAGGGCACUCCCAGCAUUGAAGAGAAGGACUCAACAGGCAAGUGCGCGUUGUUGCUGGCGGCAGAGCAAACCCAAAUGGACUUGGUGAAGUUUCUUUUGGACUGUGGAGCAAAGACAGAAGCCAAAGACAACGAAGGCGCUACAGCCCUGCACUACGCCGCCUCGAAGGGCCAUGUCGAGUUGGUUCGCUUGCUUCUGGACCGAGGUGCCAACAUCGAAGCGAAGGACGACAGCGAAUGUGGCACACCUUUGCAUUUGGCUGCCUCGAAUGACCAUGCGGAGGUGGUUCGAGUCUUGUUGGACAGUGGUGCCGAUGUGAAAGCCAAGGACUCUCAGGGUCAGACGCCCUUGCACCGUGCAGCACCAUAUGCCCAUGCUGCUUCCAGCCGCUUUCUGCUGGAUGGUGGUGCAGAGAUCAAUGCGAAAGACUGUCAAGGUGAGACCCCACUGCACCAAGCUGCUUUGCAAGGCCAUGUGGAGGUGGUCCGCUUCUUGCUGGAGCGCAAGGCUGACCUAGAGGUCACUGACGACGAUUUUGGUGAGACACCAUUGCAUUUUGCAGCCGCGUGUGGUCACAAAGAGAUGGUUGAGUUAUUGCUUGACAACCGCGCCAACAUUGCAGCGAAGGACCGAGAAGGCUCGUCCGCCUUGGAUUUGGCAAAGAAGAGCAGCCGAAGUGUGGUCGUUGAACUCUUGGAGAAGCGAGCUCAGUGAAGCCUGCUGGAGCCAGGUCUGGAAAUUUCAUUGAUUUGCUUAAUUCGUGGAUAAUGCAUCGAAUUUGCGAACGUUCAAGAAGAAAACUAGACGACAGGGUGGCC